AUGCGCUUUAUUAUUAACAUCAGAACCCGAAAGCUAGAGGAGCCCCAAGCUUGCGCUCUGCUUUAAUUUAGGAGGCGUGGACCUCGAGUAGUCGACGAGAUCUCAUCUCUUUUCUCUGGUUCGUCUCCCUCCGACUUCUUCUUCAGUUCUUGCUCCCUUCCGCUGAGGAUGGGUAUUACAGGAAAUAAUGUGACUGACUAUGGGGAAUACACUUAUGGGAACUUGGAGAGGGAGCCAUACUGGCCUUCUGAGAAGUUGCGGAUCUGCAUCACAGGAGCUGGUGGCUUUAUCGCAUCACAUAUUGCUAGGCGCUUGAAGAGUGAAGGCCACUAUAUUAUUGCUUCCGAUUGGAAGAAGAAUGAGCACAUGACUGAGGAUAUGUUCUGUCAUGAAUUCCAUCUUGUUGAUCUGAGGGUCAUGGAUAAUUGUUUGAAGGUCACAAGUGGAGCAGACCAUGUGUUUAAUCUUGCUGCUGAUAUGGGAGGAAUGGGUUUCAUUCAGUCAAAUCAUUCAGUUAUUAUGUACAAUAAUACUAUGAUCAGUUUCAACAUGAUCGAAGCUGCAAGGAUUAAUGGUGUGAAAAGGUUCUUUUAUGCUUCAAGCGCUUGCAUCUACCCUGAGUUCAAGCAGUUGGAGACUAAUGUAAGCUUGAAGGAAUCUGAUGCUUGGCCUGCUGAGCCUCAAGAUGCCUACGGGCUGGAAAAGCUUGCCACUGAGGAGUUGUGCAAGCACUACAAUAAGGACUUUGGCAUUGAGUGUCGGAUUGGACGAUUUCAUAAUAUCUAUGGCCCAUUUGGAACUUGGAAAGGUGGGAGGGAGAAAGCCCCAGCUGCCUUUUGCCGCAAAGCAUUGACUUCCACAGAUAAGUUUGAGAUGUGGGGAGACGGCCUGCAAACUCGAUCUUUCACCUUUAUCGAUGAAUGUGUUGAAGGUGUUUUAAGAUUGACAAAAUCAGACUUCAGAGAACCCUUGAACAUUGGUAGUGAUGAAAUGGUGAGCAUGAAUGAGAUGGCUGAAAUAGUACUUAGCUUUGAAAAUAAGAACCUUCCAAUCCAUCAUAUUCCUGGUCCUGAGGGUGUCCGAGGUCGCAACUCUGACAACUCUUUGAUCAAAGAGAAGCUUGGUUGGGCUCCAACCAUGAAACUCAAGGAUGGCCUGAGAAUUACAUAUUUUUGGAUAAAGGACCAAAUCGAAAAGGAAAAAACUCAGGGACAUGAUGUGUCCGCUUAUGGAUCGUCAAAGGUUGUUGGAACACAAGCACCGGUGCAGCUUGGUUCCCUUCGUGCUGCUGAUGGACAAGAAUGAACAUCGCCACCCACAAUUUAUCGCUAGUAACUUUCAGACGUUAAUGUUAGCUAAUUGGAUUGUGAGUGUAUACACCUCAAUAGAAUUGAAAGUAGUGAAUUUGUUCUGCACUAUCAGUAUUUUGCAUCGAGGUGUUAUUGAUAUUUUGAUGAUCAGGCUUUGUGUUACUAGGCUGAUGCCAUACGUAUGUCAAAUCUAUGUGCUUAAUAUACACC